AUGGAGAAGAUCAGGGCAGAGGGAGUGAGCGUGAAGAUCCUGAUGGAGCUCAGCAGAGAGGAAAUGGUCAAAGAGUUGAGCCUCUCCGAGGUGCAGGCAGAUGCUCUGGUUGCCACGAUGAAGGAGGAAGAGGAAAGGCUUACAAGCGUGAGGACCUGGAGCGAAGAGGAGGUGGUGGAGUGGCUAGGGUCCCUAGGAAAAGAAUUUGCUGCGUACGAGGAUAGCUUUCUUUUUCACAAUGUCAAUGGCGAUCUAUUGCUGGAUCUCACCGCCGAGGACCUGGUUGAUGACCUUGGAGUCGACAAGCUAGGGCACAGGAUGCAGAUCUUGGAUGAGAUUGCCUACUUGAAGAAGAUCUGCUACAAGUCAGCACGCAGCUCAAAGGGCCUCGCGCGCAACCAGAUGAACCUGCCGUCGUUUGAUGAGAUUGAGAAUUUGAAGCGGCAAAAGGCUAUACGACUUCAGAGCAACCUGGACGUCCUCAAGCACAAGGUGAACCAGAUGAGGGAUGCUGAGGCCAAGGCAAAGUUGCUCGCCCGUCAGGCGGAGGCAGAAGCUGGGAAGAUCCAAACGCAGCUGAGGAGGCUGAAGACGGAACCGAAAGAGCAGGGCAAGAAUGACAAACUCAACAAGCGAGGAGUCCCCGGGCAGUGCACGUUCAAACCGAAGUUGAACCCGACGUCGCUGGAGAUUGUCGAGAGGACUUUUGGGGACAGCGACAUCCAUCGGAGAUUCGAGUCUCAGAAGGCUACAAAGGAGAAAAAGCUCAAGGAACUGCAGAAGAUGCUCUCUGCGGACGACAAGACCGAAGCUGAGUUGAGAGAGAAGUACAUGAAGUACUUCCAGGAGAAGCUUGAGUGGGACACGAGCUCGGGAGUGCAGGAGAGCAAGGUCGACUCGUUCCUGUCCAACCCGGCAGCGUACAAUGUUGAGUUGACAGACAAACAGAUCAGACACAUCAGGAGACUGAAAGGAGCUCCACAAUAUGUCGCCAUCUACCACGCGUGCUUGAUCAGCGAUUUCCUGCAGAGGAACUGGCUGAAGGCUGCAAACGAAGCGAAAGCGAAGUCGGAAAACAAGCAAGCAGCCACGCUGAAACAGCCGAACAAGCUAGACAAGUACUUCAUCGAACGCUUCAAGUGGAAGGAGGUCAACAACGGCAGGCUUGAUGACCUCCUCGACAACAGCAAGGCCUACGAGCUCGAGCUGUCCGAGCAGCAGCUUGCUCACUUCCGCAACCUUGAGGUUUCCAAGAAGAAGCAUGCAAUCUUUCAAGCCUUGCAAACUCAGUCGUUCUUAAUGAGGAACGCAGCCGACGUCCGGAGACGUGAGCAGGCCCAGCUCAAGGCCUUCGAGGUUCCGCGGCCGUACAGUGCUGUGAGCGGCAGGGGAGGAAGGAAUGUCGUGCGAAGCUUCCUGGAAAGGUAUCAUCAAGAUAUGGAGACGCGGCAAGAAAGGAAGAAGGCGCUGGUAGACAAAGUGAAGAAGGAAGACCCGAACUUCAAGGAGUGUACUUUCCGUCCCAACCUGCAUGCCAGGAGCGAAUCGCCAGAAUUGGCGGAGAACUUCGCGGAGGAGCAAACAGCAUGA